AUGUCCGCCCUGCGACCUCUCCUGCUUCUGCUGCUACCUCUGUGUCCCGGUCCUGGUCCUGGACCCCGGAGCGAAGCAAAGGUCACCCGGAGUUGUGCAGAGACCCGAGAGGUGCUGAGGUCUCGGGGAUAUAGCUUAAACCAAAUCCCUCCCGCUCUGAUCUCAGGUGAGCACCUCCAGGUCUGUACCCAGGAGUACACCUGCUGUUCCAGUGAGACAGAGCAGAGGCUGACCAGGGAGGCUGAGGCCACCUUCCAAGGCCUGGUAGAGAACAGUGGCUCCUUUCUGGUUCACACACUGGCUGCUGGGCACAGAAAAUUUGAUGAAUUUUUUCGGGAGAUGCUCUUGGUAUCCCAGCACUCCCUGACCCAGCUCUUCUCCCACUCCUAUGGCCGCCUGUAUGCCCAGCACAAACUCAUAUUCAAUGGCCUGUUCGCUCAGCUGCGGGACUACUACGGGGUGUCCGGUGAGGGGUUAGAGGACAUCUUGGCGGAUUUCUGGGCACAGCUCCUGGAGAGAGUGUUCCCCCUGCUGCACCCACAGUACAACUUUUCCCCUGACUACCUGCUGUGCCUCUCACGCCUCGCCUCCACUGCUGAUGGCUCUCUGCGGCCCUUCGGGGACUCACCCCACCGCCUCCGCGUGCAGAUAACUCGGGCCCUGGUGGGUGCCCGGGCCUUUGUCCAGGGCCUGGAGACUGGAAGAAUUAUGGUCAGCGAAGCACUUAAGGUGGAGGUGUCUCAAAGCUGUAGCCAGGCUCUGAUGCGUCUGAUUGGCUGCCCCUUUUGCCAGGGGGUCCCCUCUCUUCUGCCCUGCUGGGGUUUCUGCCUCGAUGUGGUUCGUGGGUGUCUGAGCAACAAGGGACUAGAACCUGAGUGGAGCAGCUAUCUGGAUGGUAUCCUGCUCCUGGCUGAGAAACUCCAGGGCCCCUUUUCCUAUGAGCUGGCAGCUGAGUCCAUUGGGGUGAAGGUCUCAGAAGGUUUGAAGCAUCUGCAGGAAAACAAUGCAAAGUUUUCAGCCCAGGUGUUUCAGGAAUGCGGCACCCCUCACCUCGUGCCGGCUCGCAACCGCCGAGCCCUGGCGCCCCCGGAAGCGGCGGGCCGGCUGUACUUGGCACCCGCGCUCGGGGGCACCUUGACCGAGAUGCAACAGAACCCCGAUCUGGAGACGGAAGAGUCGGAAGCCGACUUCGAGACACGGCGGCGACUGCUGCAUCUCCGGGCGGCCACGGCCAGGAUGAGGGCGGCGGCGUUCGGAAGCGACCUGGAGAAUCAGGAAGCGGAAGAGGAUGCCAGCGGCUCUGGAGGGGGACAGCAUUAUGCAGAUGACUGGAUGGCUGGGGCAGCAGCUGUGCCACCCCCAGCCCAGCCUCCUCGGUCUCCUCGGCUUCCUCGCCCACCUCGAAGGGACAGUUCUGGGGUCAGAGCAGGAGGUGGCGGUGCCCGCUACAGCCAGGGCAGGAGCAGGAGUCGGGGGGUGUCUAUUGGUUUUCACACCCAACCCAUCCUCAUUCUCCCGCUCUCAGUGCUGGCCCUGCUUGGACCUCGAUAA